CCCCGAGCUGGGAGCCCCCACUUCUCCAGCCCCUCUCCGGCAGGCACGUGGACUAAUGUGGGGCCAGGAAUGCGGCCCCUCAGGUCCCCACCCUGCCCUGAGGGUGUAACACGCUGGCCACCCCCGCCCCCCACCUCCACCUCCAGGGAGACACUAAGGAGGGUUUGUUGGGAAGGGGGAGCGGGAGGGAGAGGAGAGGAGGGCGGGGAGGCGGGAGGGAAAGACAAAGAAAGGGGUGCGGCAAGUGGCAGGCGCCCGCGGGAGGAGAGUGACCUCAGCGCCAGAGAAGCAUCUGCUCAGCCUCAGAGCGAGGGCGGGCCGAGGUCGAGGCGCCCCCUCUCCCCUCUCCCCUCUCCGCGGCAGAUCUCUCUGCGGCUCCGCAGCUGCGGUGCAGGGCCCGGGCCUCACCGGCCAGCCGGGCGCUGUCCUGCGUGUGAACUGCAGCUCGGGGCUCCUGCCGCGACCAUCCGCUGCCCGCACCCCCGCCACCCGCCCUCCGGCCGCGCCUGCUGGGUCAUGGGAGCCCCAAGUCAGGCCACCACCUGGGGCAGGGCCCUCUGGGCUCUCCUCCUGGCCACACUGGGGUCCGCGGCGAGCCAGCCGCUGGGGGCGGAGUCUGUCUGCACAGCCCGACCGCUGGCCAAGUACAGCCUCACCUUCACGGGCAAGUGGAGCCAGACGGCCUUCCCCAAGCAGUACCCCCUGUUCCGGCCCCCCGCACAGUGGUCGUCCCUGCUGGGGGCGGCGCACAGCUCGGACUACAGCAUGUGGAGAAAGAACCAGUACGUGAGCGACGGGCUGAGGGACUUCGUCGAGCGGGGCGAGGCCUGGGCGCUGAUGCGGGAGCUGGAGGCGGCGGGAGAGAAGCUGCAGAGCGUGCACGAGGUGUUCUCGGCGCCCGCCGUGCCCAGCGGCACCGGGCACACGUCCGCCGAGCUGGAGGCCCACGCCAGGCACUCGCUGGUUUCCUUCGUGGUCCGAAUCGUGCCCAGCCCCGACUGGUUCGUGGGCGUGGACAGUCUGGACCUGUGUGACGGGGACCGCUGGAGGGAGCAGGUCGAGGUCGACCUGUACCCCUACGACGCUGGCACGGACAGCGGCUUCACCUUCUCCUCCCCCAACUUCGCCACCAUCCCGCAGGACACGGUGACGGAGAUAACCUCCUCCUCUCCCAGCCACCCGGCAAACUCCUUCUACUACCCCCGGCUGAAGUCCCUGCCCCCCAUCGCCAGAGUGACCCUGGUGCGACUCCGGCAGAAUCCCAGGACCUUCGUGCUGCCCCCCCCAGGCCCGCUGGGCGGGGGCAAUGAGAUCACGGACAGCCUCUCAGGUCCAGAAACGCCGCUGGACUGCGAAGUCUCCUUGUGGUCGUCCUGGGGGCUGUGUGGGGGUCCCUGCGGGAAGCUGGGGGCCAAGAGCAGGACUCGCUACGUCCGCGUGCAGCCUGCCAACCACGGGACGCCCUGCCCCGAGCUGGAGGAGGAGGCGGAGUGCGUCCCCGACAACUGCGUCUGAGACCAGACCCCGGGCCCCUCGACCCCACGUGGUGGCCCAGCCUGGUUGUGCAGCGGGCCAGGCGGGGCUUCGUCCGUCACCCCUCUGAGCUCCACCGCUGACACACGUGCCUUGGGCUGCUGGAGCAGGACGGCGGGAAAGGCGCCUCCUUUCCGCAAGCUUUCCUCUCGGGCGCCCGGUCCUGAGGUCCCCUCUCGUGGGUGAGUCUCUGCUGUAAACCGUGUCCUGCCCUGUUCACCAUAGUUCAAGGCCAUCUUGCACGCAGACGACUUGUACGUGGUGCCCGCUGGGCCACCUGCAGGAGAGCCACGCACCCCAGGCCCAGAGCCCCAAGCCACACGUGCAUGACAUACCUCGGACCUGCCCUCCCAGGCGCCCACACCCCUGCCUGCCCCUCUCAGCCAGGCUGCCUCGGCAGGCCACGCAGGUCAGGUGCAUAAAGGAGAGCAGACACUGACCCCUCACCUUGGCGUGGUCGUAUGACCGAUUUCCCUGCACUUGAAUAAAGACUGUUUCGUGACCGCA